AUGACUAUGUCAAAUGGAUCCCAAUUCUUCAACUUUGAAGAGACGGACAAAGACUCUUUGCAAGAAUCCGAAUUCGAUCUCCCAAGUCAACAAAUUACUUCGACGACGGGAAGCCAUGAGGUAUUCUGUCCGCGAGACUAUUGGUUCGGCAAAAGAUAUUUCAAUUGCAUAAUUGCCCAACACUUGUUGCCACAGAUGGAGAGUGUGCAUUCGUUAUCCAACAUUGAUUCACUUUUUGAGAGGGUUUUACGGAGCUAUCCAUACGAGGCACUCCUCCACGAACUCCUGCUUCAAGGAAACCUGACUUUGGCAACAAAGGCGAAUACCAAUCUAAAUGACGGCUAUGAAACCCUUAUGGGACUCACUGGGAGCUGCAUUUCAACUGGCACGAACGAACAAAAGCAGCAAAUCUUGACCAGUAUUCGCCGAUUCGCCGAUGGCCACCAUCAUCGCAAGAUUAGUCUUCCAGCACCACAGCAGGACAAGGGACAACAAGAUGCGCCAUCUCCUCCACUGUCCGAUGUACCGCCAGCUGUCGAGCUUGAUUCAGGCAUAUCGCGGUAUACGACGCUGCUAAAGGAAAAGGGUGAUGCGAUUGGCGUCAUACCGAGGUAUGAGAUCCAGCGAAUAACAACAGAUACACAGGCACCUCUGUUUGCAGCAACAGUGUUUUUCCGAGAGCACAAGUUCGAAGAGACUGGAAGGUCCAAAAUGCAAGCCAAGCACCUGGCUUCCCGGGCGGCUUGCCAAUUCCUUAACAUAUAG